CCUUGUCAAGAUGGCGGCUCCCUUAACUCUACUUCUGGUUGUCGCCGUUACGAUCCGCGCAGCGCUCUUCAGGUCCAGUUUGGCGGACUUAAUAGCGGAGCGGGUGGAGGUGGUGUCUCCGCUGAACGCCUGGAAGAGAGUGGUGGAGGGUCUGGCUCUGCUGGACCUGGGAAUCUCGCCUUACAGCGGAGAUGUGUUCCAUGAGACACCCCUCAUCAUCUACCUCUUUCACUUUCUGGUGGACUACGCAGAGAUAACCUUUAUGAUUGCAGAUGGGAUCACGGCUGUGGCUCUCUACAUUGCAGUGAAGGAGUACAACAAACAAGUGUUCAGAAAGCAGAAAUAUGCCUUGGAAGCAGACCGCUACCCCCUGGACUGCCUGGAGCUGAUCAGAAGCCCCAAAGAAAUGUAUUACAUUCCUCUGAAAGUAGCCAUGUUUUACCUGUUGAACCCGUUCACCAUCCUGUCCUGCGUUGCCAAGUCAACCUGUGGACUGAACAACGCUGUCAUUGCGCUCUUCAUCCUCUGUACAAUUAAAGGAAGUGCCUUGUUGAGUGCCAUUUUCCUGGCUUUGGCCACGUAUCAGUCAGUCUACCCACUUACACUCUUUGCACCAGCACUGCUGUAUUUGCUACAGCGUCUGUACAUCCCGGUGAACAUUCGGCGGCCCAGCUUCUGGUGGUACACCCUUCAGUAUGCCUUCAUGUACCUGGGCAGCCUGUUCGUCAUCAUCUGCCUGUCCUUCUUCCUGCUGGGCACCUGGGACUUCCUGCCGUCCGUCUACGGCUUCAUUCUCUCAGUGCCAGACCUGACGCCCAACAUCGGCCUCUUCUGGUAUUUCUUCGCCGAGAUGUUUGAACAUUUCCGCCUUUUCUUCCUCUGCGUCUUCCAGAUCAAUGUUUUCUUCUACACCAUUCCCCUGUCUAUCAAACUCAAGGAGCACCCGGUGUUUCUAAUCUUCAUGCAGUUAGCUGUGAUCUCCAUUUUUAAGUCCUACCCCACAGUGGGAGACAUCGCCCUCUACCUUGCUUUCCUGCCCGUCUGGAGUCACCUCUACAGAUUCCUGAGGAACGUCUUCCUGGUGUCCUGCGUCCUGCUGGCCUGUUCUGCCCUGUUCCCUGUGCUCUGGCACCUCUGGAUCUACGCCGGCAGCGCCAACUCCAACUUCUACUACGCCAUCACGCUGCUGUUCAACGUGGCACAGAUCCUGCUGGUCUCGGACUAUUUCUACGCCUACCUGAGGAGAGAAUACCACCUCACCCACGGGCUGUAUCUGAAGAGGAAAGACGGCUCUGAGGCCACACUGGUCCUUAAAUAGAACCGCACAAAUGCACACACACACACACACACACACACACACACACGCUCAUACACAAACUAUCUGGCUCCCAGCUUCUACCAGAAGAGGAGAAACUGCUCUGAGGUCACACUCGUCCUCAAAGGGAACAAACAGUAGAGGAAUGACGGCUUUCAAGCAGCUCCUCAAACAGAACAUUAACACACACACACACGCAGAAAAGUGUGCUCGGUACAAGAAGAAGUCACACCCUAUCACAUUACACACACACAUGCAGAUGAGCAGGAUGGGAUGUAGGACUUUGACAUCCUCCUGCCUCGUCAGACAGCCAGACGAGCAUUGCUACAGAACACCUUCCCCCUGUUUUUGCUUUGUCUUCUGGAGAGUUAUAUAUAUAUAUAUUUUUUUUUUAAAUUCUAACUCCUCUUGCUGCCUUCUGAAGAAGACCUUUUUUUUCAGGAUUUCGGGCUAAACGGACACACAACUUAAUGAUUUGAUGAUUCCUGAUAUCUAUCUGUAGCCUCCAUGCCGCCACCCUCAGUUACUGUCUGUUGGGUUUGUUUUUUUUUCGCUGUCUCGUUAGUUUCUUACGAUGUUUUUUUUUUUUUUUUUUUUUUUAAUGAGUGCUAUCAUCACCAUAACAUUUUUUUUCUCAGUUUUCUCUUGUAAUUUUAAAUGUGACAAACUCAGUGUUGCUUCUUUGUGGGAGUCAAGCCAGUAACUGAAUUCAGGGUGCACAGCUUUGAACACUAGAUGGAGCUGUGAGACCUUCAGCUACCUGUUGACAGAGCCAUUGAUUUAGAGGGGGCUGUGACACUUAAACCCGAGGCCCCAGUAGUUCUCAUUAAAAAAAGAAUGACAAAAUGCAAGCACCAUCAACUGUGCUGCUCGAGUUUGGGAAAAGGUGAGACUAGGACUAGAAGUUUGUUUGGACCAAACAAACAAUCUGGUCCUAUAAACAUGGUCCUAUAAGCUGGCCUGGCAAUUGUCCAUUGCCAGUGUGUUGUUGUGUUGUUGUUUUUUUGUUGUUGUUGUUGUUUUUUAUGGUCCAUACCAGUGAUUUUGAUUGAGGUGCAUUAUUAACCACAUUUUACUUUGCAACAAACCAUUUUGCAAAUCAAAAUCCCUCCAUUUUCAAAUUUGUAGUUUUGAUGGAAAUGGCCGCUUAUAAUGUUCUGCUUCUGUGGCAAACAGCAUCAUCACCGUACAUAAACCACAGAACUGAUGAUUGGCUGUGUAAAGUUUCCCCGGGAACUAUUUUCCAGCGGGGAGACUGUUUUACUCUACCCAGUUUCAAGUCAUCAAAACACAACAGUGCUGCUGCUUUGAAGAAAACUAAUGUGGACAAACUUUAUUGCAGUGAUGUGAUACUGGUGUGCAGAAAGUCUGAAGUCUCUGAAAGUUCAGUUGAUGUGAUUUUCAAAUAAUUCUUGAGUUCUAAAAUGCAGCUGCUUGCUUUGGGAAAAGUUUAGCUGUACAAACAAACCAUAUGUGCAUUUAUAGAUAUUACACUAAACAUUCAAAAUCACUGGUAUGGUCCUUUCAAUACUUCUAAUGGCUUUUUAGUGUUCCCUUUCUUGAUUCUGACAAGGAACAGACACCUUUACAAUUUAUAAUCAGAGUUUUGGCUAAUGCUGCAACAAAGAUAGAUGAAGGUCUGCGCAUUGUAGCUCCUUUAUGUGCAGUUUAUUCAGACAUCCACCAUGGUUACUGGUGGAUGUCUGAAUAAACUGCACAUAACUACUGCUGCUAGCACACUUUGUAGGCUAAUGUUGCAACAAAAUCUAGUUCCAGGAAUUAUUGUGGAAUUAAUGAUGGCUUUAAAAAAAAAAGACAACGUCCAGACUCCUCAUGUUGCAUCUUUUAUAGAUACACGCCAAUGUCUGUAGACAGCCACAUGGAGGCUGAACACUGGAAUACUGUAAGCUCAUCUGUAAACUGUAGCGAGUGGACAACAGUGAAAAAUUUAGGCCCCUUCAGGAUGAUGAAUGAAAUGCAGCUUAUUGGUGAUAUUUGAGCUAGCAGAAUGUUUACUCGGUUUACUUGGUCAGGAAAGUGACCUCCAUUCUUAAAUUCUGCAUAAGAUGCUUUCGUAGCUCACAGUCAUGACCGUACCCUAACAUUUAGCCAUUUAGACGUUAAUGGCCCAUUGACAUCAAAUGGUUAUAAUCACUGGAGCAACCUAAUGAAUCAAGAGCUGUUCCAGUGUUUCUACAAAAUAUCUGUAGUGUUCUGGAGACUUAAGUUGCCCUUGGUGAUGAUUAUUUUCAGCCUUUUUGCAUUUAACAAACAAACCUAACACACUGCAGUUCACGCUUUACAGCAGCUGAAAAAUCUAGCAAGGAGCUUUUGUUUAAAAGUCGAGAUGUUGAAACACUAUGAAAAACAAAAUGUUUAUUUUCUUAGUGUUCUGAAUUGCCAUUCCCUGUGUCAGACUUGAGACAUUUCCUUGUUGCUGAACUGUUAAUAAUAAUUAUAAUUAUUAUAAUUUUACAGCUGACAUGGGCAGUAUAACAGGAAGCUCAUAUCAACCAUCUUUCCCUCAUGACUUGAAAACACGCCCCUUAUCACACACUACAUGUCUGAUUCUGCAAGGCCAGUGUCAGACGAAUUGAAGGAGUCCCUCAUGUGCCCAACUGUCAAGUUGGGCACAUUACUCGUAAAAGCUGGGGUGGAAAAAACAGACACUCAAAUUAAGGAUUUCAAGAAACAGUACAGCCGAGAACUUUUCAAAUGAUGAUCAAUGGGAGACAAGUGCUUAAUUUCAUGGUACGCUACUGAAGCAUUUCUGCCUUUCAUGCUCUUUAAACAAGCCCCAAGCACCAGUAAUCAGAAAUCUUGAGAGUUUUUUUUUUUUUUUUUUAACUUCGCUAUUAAAAAUGAAUAAGAGCUAAAAGAACAAACUAUUAGUUUUUGGUUGAAAUCAUGAUAAAGACUGAACAUGGAGUGGAGUUCACAAAACAUGAAUGAGUUUUUAAUGUUAAGAUGAAGGCAUUUGCUGACUUUAAAAUGAUGUUAAAGCAGCAGCAUCAGAAAAACAAAACAGAGAGUCUGCUCUUGACUUGCUGAAAUGAUCUCAGCAGCAGCAGCAGAUGGAUGUGAGGGGGAAAAGAUCAGGCGUGUCAUCCUCGGUUGUUGUCCUGUACUGGUAUCCAUGUUAAAAUACACUAAAGCUGUGAGACCAUCACACACACACACACACACGCACACACACACACGCACAAGUCUCAGCUCAUCUCAACUCGCUGUCCCCACUUACAAUAUUGACUAACAGAAACAAGAGCCCAUUGUGCUUGACUUCUCUGUUGCUCUCUGCUUUGUUGAAUGUAAUUCAUGUUGCUUGUUUUGUGUUUUGUUUUUAUGUUAUUCCACGGUGGCCAUUGUGAAACCUAUGAGUGGAUUAACGGCUAAUUCCAUCGAAAUAUUUAUUUAUAUGGUGCACUGAAAACUUUGUGUUGAGAGUUUAUUUUGUCUUUUCUUUCUUUUUUUCCCCCAGAAAAUAGAGGAGCUCUUAUGUUGUUUUGAUACUGUAUAUAAAUAUAUGUUAAUGUGUUUGUUUUAUUACAUGAAAGGGCAAAGGUAUGUUGGAUGAAUGAAUUAAUGAAUGAACAUGUCAUCAGUGACGAUGAUUAUUAAAAUUCAGGUGUUGGCUUA